AUGGCAGAGGAAUAUGAAAAGUUUAAACGAUUUGAAUAUCGAAUGAAUUCAAAUUUAGUUCUUCAAAGAGAGGGACCAGGGCCUAAUCAAAAUGAACCAACUGGGGAAAGUGAAAGUUUAGUUGGAAAAUUAAAAUAUAAAAUGGGUGACAAAGUAGAAUAUAAUAAACCUGUAGAUUUUCGAAAAGGAAAAGAUCGAGAUGGUAAUGAAAAAAAUAAUAAAAAACGAUUAGAUGAUGAUAAUGAAAUAUAUUUUGAGAAAAAAAUAAAAAGAAUUAAAAAUAAUUCAUAUAUAAAAGAAAAAAGUGUUUUAAAUAUAAAUAUAGAUGAUAUAUUUUUAUAUAAACCAAGUACAAAAUAUACAGAAAAUAUUUUUAGUAAAAUUCUGAAUAUAAUAAGAAAUAUAAUAGGUGAUAAUACUGGUGAUAUAAUAAAUAGUGCAUGUAAUGAUGUAAUAACUAUUUUAAAAAAUGAAGAUAUUCAAAAUAACGAUUCAAAAAAAAAUGAAAUAGAAAAAGUAUUAGAAGUUAAUAUAUCGGAUAAACAUUUUAUUGAAUUAGACAAUUUAGCUAAAGAAAUAUAUGAUUUUGAUAAAAAACAUGACGAUCAAGAAAUAGGAGAUGAUGAAGGUGUAGCAGUUAUAUUUGAUGAAACAGAUAAUUAUUUUAAUUACAAAAAUGGAAAAAAUAAAAAAAUAGAUAACUUAAUGGACGAUGUAGGUACUAACAUAAGCGAAUUGAGUGCAGAAGAUGACGAAAGUGAAAAUGACGAAAGUGAAAAUGACGAAAGUGAAAAUGAUGGUAGUGAAAAUGAUGGUAAUGAAAAUGAUGGUAGUGAAAAUGAUGGUAGUGAAAAUGAUGGUAGUGAAAAUGAUGAAUUAGUUUUGAAAAAAAAAAAAAAAAAAAAAUCUGAAACACAUUUGAGUUUAAAAAAUAUGAAUAAAGAUUUAAACUUUUCAAAAAAUAAAGAAUCAGAAGAAUAUGAAAUUGAUACAAAUAGUAUAGAUCCACAUUGGCUUCAAAGAAAAUUAAAUACAAUAUUUAAUGAAGCAAGUUUAUGUAUAGAAAAAGAAAAGGAAGUAUUAGAAAUAUUAAAAAUAUAUGAUAUACAAGAAUGUGAAAAUAAAUUAGUAAACAUAUUAAUGUAUGAAAAUUUCUCAAUGGUUAAAUUGUUUAUGAAAAAUAGAUGGAAAAUAUAUUAUUGCACAUUACUUGGGCAAGCUCAAAAUGAAAAAGAAAAAAAAGAAAUAAUUGAAAAUAUGAAAAAAACUGAAGAAGGGGAAGAAAUAUUAGAAGAAUUAUCAAAUUUUAGAAAUAUUAAAAGAAACAAACAAAGUGAAUUUACAAAAAAUUUAAGAAAAGAAGCAGAUAAUUUAAUAAAUAUGAAAAUGAGAGAAUCAAAGAAAUAUAGAUUAAAAGAAGGUGCAGAUAAUUCAAAACAAUUUAUUCAUGACGAUGAAGGUGUAGAAGAAGAAGAAGAAGAAGAAGAAGAAGAAGAAGAAGAAGUUGAAAAUGAUCAAAAAGAAGUAAAAAUAAAUGUAAAAAUAAAUGAUAAAGGAAAAAUAAAAAAUAGAGAUAAUGAAUUAAAAGCUAAAUAUAUAGAUUUAGAAAAAUUAAAUUUAAAAAUAAAAAAUAAUGAUUUUUUAAAUAAAGAAAUAAUAUUACCAGAUGGAAGUAAAAGAAUAGAAAAAAAAGAAUAUGAUGAAAUAAUAAUAUCUGUAAAUAAUAAUGAUAAAAAAAAUAGUUCUCAAAUUAAUAAAUAUAAUUAUUAUACAAAUAAAGAUGAUAUAAAAUUAAUUGAAAUAAAUGAAAUACCUGAAUGGGCACGUGAAACAUUUUUUUGUGUUAAUGUUAAAAAAUUAAAUGCAAUUCAAUCAAAAGUAUAUGAUAUAGCUUUUAAUGAAUUUGAAGAAAAUUUACUAAUUUGUGCACCUACAGGUUCAGGAAAAACUAAUAUUGCAUUACUAUGUAUGUUAAAUAUUAUUAAUAAUUAUCGUUUAUUAAGUGGGCAAAUUGAAAAAAAUAAUUUUAAAAUAGUUUAUAUAUCACCAAUGAAAGCAUUAGUAAAUGAGCAAGUGCAAUCAUUUGGUUUACGAUUGAAAUCUUUGAAUCUAAAAGUUUGUGAAUUAACAGGGGAUGUGCAUCUAAGUAGUAAAGAAAUAGAUGAUAAUCAAAUUAUUGUUAUGACUCCUGAAAAAUUUGAAGUAAUUAGUAGAAAAUGGAAUGAUAAAAUAAUGUUACAAAAAGUAAAAUUAAUAAUUUUUGAUGAAAUUCAUUUAUUAAAUGAAGAAAGAGGUCAUGUAUUAGAAAGUAUAAUUACAAGAAUAAAUAGAUAUGUUGAUAAUAAUGUAUCUAAUAUAAAUAAUGUUAAUAAAAAUAAUGGAAUAAGAUUAGUUGGUUUAUCUGCUACACUUCCUAAUUAUGAAGAUGUUGGAAUGUUUUUAAGAGCAAAUCGUAAAAAAGGUAUUUUUUAUUUUGAUCAUUCUUUUAGACCUGUACAACUAAAUCAAUAUUAUAUUGGAUUAAAAGAAAAAAAAGGAAUAAAAAAAUACAACCUUAUGAAUGAAAUAACAUAUGAAAAAGUUUUAAAAGAAGCUGGUAAAAAUCAAAUAUUAAUAUUUGUUCAUAGUAGAAAAGAAACAUAUAGAACUGCUAAAAUAUUAAUAGACAAAUUUGUAAAAAAUGAUAAUUUAAAUUUAUUUAUGAUGGAUAAAAAGAUUUCUGUUGAAAUAUUAUUAUCUGAAAAAGAAGCUAUUAUAAAUGAAGAAUUAAAAGAGUUAUUGCCAUUAGGUUUUGGUAUACAUCAUGCAGGUUUAAAAAGAACAGAUCGUAAAUUAGUCGAAGAUUUAUUUUCAGAUAGACAUUUACAAGUAUUAAUAUGUACAAGCACAUUGGCAUGGGGUGUGAAUUUACCUGCACAUACUGUUAUAAUAAAAGGAACAACAAUAUAUAAUAUGAAGAUUGCUGAUUUUGAUGAAUUAUCUUUUAUGGAUGUAUUACAAAUGAUAGGUAGAGCAGGUCGGCCGCAAUUUGAUAAAAGUGGAAAAGCUAUAAUAAUUACAGAACAUAAAAAUUUACAAUUAUAUCUAUCAUUAAAUAAUGAACAAAUGUAUAUUGAAUCUACAUUAAUGGAAAAUAUAGUAAAUAUAAUAAAUGCAGAAAUAGUUUUGAAAAAUAUUCAAGAUUUUAAAGAUGCUAUAAAUUGGUUUGAACAAACAUAUAUGUACAUUCGAAUGAUGAAAAAUCCAAAUUAUUAUGGAGUAGGAAAUGAUAAAAAUCGAGUUAUAAAAAAUGUAAAAAAUCGAAUAAAUGAUAUAAUAUAUUCAUCAUUUUUAAUUUUAGAAAAAUAUGGAUUAAUUAAAUACAAUAAAAAAUUAAAAAAUGUGAUUAGUACAUAUAUUGGUAAAAUUAGUAGUUAUUAUUAUAUUGAUUAUAAAUCUAUUGAUAUGUAUAAUAAAAGAUUAAAUAAAUAUACAAAUGAAAUAGAAUUAUUAAAAAUAUUUGCAACUAGUGAAGAGUUUAAAAAUAUAUUUAUUCGAAAUGAAGAAAAAAUUGAAUUGUCAAUUUUGAUGGAAAGAUUACCAAUACCUGUUAAAGAAUCCAUUAAUAUACCUUUUACAAAAAUAAGUAUUUUAUUACAAUUAUAUUUAUCAAAUAUAACAUUAAAUGGAUAUAUAAUAAAUGCAGAUUUAGUAUAUAUUCAUCAAAAUGCUUUACGUAUAUUUCGUUCAUUUUUUGAACUAUCUUUAAAAAAAGGAUUUUAUAAUUUAAUAUAUUUAUGUUUAAAAUUUUGUAAAAUGAUAGAACAUCAAAUGUGGAAUAAUAUGACACCUUUAAGACAGUUUGGAUUAUUAAGUAAAGAUUUGAUAAAAAUAAUAGAAAAAAAAAAUAUAAGUUUUAAAAAUUAUUUAAAUAUGGAAUUAAAUGAAUAUAUCACAAUAUUUAAAAAUAAAAAAAUAGCAAAAAAUAUAUAUAAAUUAGUUCAUCACUUUCCUAAUAUUGAAUUAAGUGCAUAUAUACAACCAAUUGAUCAUAAAAUGAUUAAAUUAGAAUUAAAUAUAACACCCGAUUUUAUUUAUAAUCCAAAAUAUCAUGGAUAUAUGAUGUUAUUUUGGGUUUUUGUUAUUGAUAUUGCUAAUGAAAAUAUUUUACAUUAUGAUUUAUUUACAUUAAAAAAAGGAUUAGAAAAUGAAUCGUUUUUUGAAGACAUCAAUAUUGAAAAUAAAAAUUUAAAUAAAAAAAAUAUGUGUGAUAGUUUUGAUGAAGAAUUAGUACAAUUUUAUUUACCAAUAAAUGAUAGUCCAUUUUAUAUAAUUAAAGUUAUAUCCGAUAAGUGGUUAGAAUGUGAAUGUACAAUUAAUAUAAAUUUAAAUAAUAUUUAUAUUCCUUUAAAACAAAAUUAUUCAACUCAAUUAUUAGAUAUGCAAUCUUUACCAAUAAGUUCAUUAAGAUUUAAUAAAGGGAAGCAAAUAUUUAUGGAUAGAAAUAUAGAAAGUUUGAAUCCAAUAUGUACACAAGUAUUUACAUCUUUAUAUGAAAAUAAUGGAAAUGUUUUAUUGUGUUAUUCAAAUUGGAAAUAUUAUUUAAUACCAGCGGAAUUAGCAAUAUUUAGAAUAGUAAAAUAUUUAGAAGAAUUAAAUAAUUAUAUAAGAUAUUAUAUAAAAAGUGAAAACGAUUUAACAAAAGUUAUGAAUAAUAAAAAAUUAUCAAAUAUUCUUUAUAAUGAUUAUUCUAGUUUAAUAAAAAUAGUUUAUAUUGCACCAUUAGAGGAUAUUGUUUUAAAAACAUAUAAAAAAUGGAUUUCUUUAAAAAAAGCUUUAAAUUUGAAAAUGUGUAUAUUAAAUGGAGAUGUGGGAAUAGAUAUGAAAUUAUUUCAAACAAAUAAUAUUAUAUUAACAACUCCAGAAAAGUAUGAUAAUAUAUCUAAAAAAUGGAGAAGAAAAAAAAUGUUUCAAAAUGUGAAUUUAUAUAUUUAUGAUCAUAUAGAAUUGCUAAAUACAAGUUAUGGUGCUAUUAUGGAAGUUUUAAUAAGCAGAGUAAAAUAUAUAUCAAUGCAAUUGCAAAUAAAUAAUCGAAAUAUAAACCAAUCGAACAAUGAUAAUGAAUCUGUAACGCAAAAUGAUCUCGAUUUUGUAAAAGAGUGUAUGGAAAAUGAUAAAAAGAAUAAGAAUUUCAAAAAAAAUAAUAAAGAAAUAGCAAUACAUUUAAAUAAAUUAUCUAAUUUAAAAAUGGAAAAUGUUUAUGAGUUUAUAGGAAUAAAUAGAAUAGUGUGUAUGUCAAGUUGUUCAUUACAAAAUUCAAAAGAUGUGUCUGAAUGGAUAGGAUGUAAAAAAAAUGAUUAUUUUAAUUUUAUAUCUACAAUUCGAACAAUACCAAUAGAAAUAUAUUUAUUUUCAGUAAAUAUUAUGAAUACAAAAAAUAGAUAUAUAUCAAUGCAACGUCAAGUUUAUCAAAAUGUUAAAAAAUUUAAUAAAAAUAAAAAAAAUGUUAUAAUUUUUGUUACAAAUCAAAAAACAUGUAAAACAUUAGCACUUGAUUUAAUAUUAUCAUCAUGUAAUGAUGAUUUUUCUUUUAAUUCUGUUAUUAAUGAUAAUAUGGAAAAUAGAAGUAAAGAAAGUGAAAAUAUUUUGGAUAAUAUUAGUGAUAAUAUAUUAGCACAAUGUUUAAAAAAAGGAUUAGGAUAUAUAUAUAAUAAUAUGCUAGACAUAGAAAAACAAAUUGUAGAAAAUUUAUUUGAAAAGAAAGGAAUUGAUAUAUUAAUAGUAUGUUAUGAUUAUUUAUAUAGUUUAAAUGUAUAUGGAAAUAAUGUAAUAAUAUUAGAUACAAUAAUAACACAUUAUAAUAAUAAAGAUAAAGAUUAUUCAAUUCAAACAAUUCUGGAAAUGAUUAGUUUUGCUGGUAUAGAAAAAGAAGAUGAUAAGUCAUUUGUAUAUAUAUAUACAUAUGUAACAAAAAAAGAAUAUUAUAAAAAUUUUAUAUAUGAUCCAAUAACAAUUGAAUCAAAUAUUGAAGAAUACUUACCAAUUUUAUUAAAUAAUGAAAUCGUUAUGAAUACAAUUGAAAAUUAUCAAGAUUCUAUAGAUUUGUUAACUUGGACUUUUUUUUAUCGACGUAUUAAAAAGAAUCCUAAUUAUUAUGGAUUAAAGGGGGUUAGUACUGAACAUAUAUCUGAUUAUUUAUCUGAAUUAAUUGAAAAUAAUAUUGAACUUUUAUCAAUUGCAAAUUGUGUUAAUAUAUUUAAUAAUAAAGAAAAUGAUGAAUCGUCAAGUGUAACUCUAAAACCAUGUAACCUUGGAAUAAUUUCUUCAUUUUAUAAUUUAGAUUACCAUAUAAUAUAUUUUUUUAAUCAAUAUAUUACGUCAAUAAAAGGAUUGAAAAAAAAUAAAAUUUUAGAAAUAAUUUGUUUGGCUAACAUAUUUAAUAAUAUAAUAAAAAUUCAAAGUCAUGAUAUAUAUCUGUGUUUAAAAAUAGCUAAAUCAUGUAAUAUACAAAUAACAUAUGAUUUUUUAAAAUUAUCAUUUAAUAAUAAAAGUUUUUUUAAAGACAAUGAAGAAGAAAGGGGUAAUAAAAUAAUUAAUUUAAAUAAUUUUAUGACAAAUCCAUCUUAUUUUACUCCAAAUUUAAAGGCAUUAAUAUUAUUACAUGCACAUAUAAAUAGAUUUUCAAUACCUAUAAAUUAUAUUAAUGAAUCAAAAAACAUUUUAUUAAAAUCAUUAAAAUUAAUAAAUUCAUUAAUUGAUGUAAUUAGUAGUAAUAACAUAUUAAAUUAUUGUCUUUUUGUUAUGGAAAUGUCUCAAAUGUUAAUUCAAUGUUUUAAAAAUACCGAUGAAUCGAAUUUAUAUCAAUUACCUUAUUUUAAUGAAAGUUUAGUUCAAAAAGCAAAUGAAUUAGAAAUCUCAGAUAUUUAUGAGUUAAUUAAUUCUGAAGACGAUGUAAAAGAUGAACUUUUAAAAGGUUUAAGUGAAGAAGAAAAAAGUAGUAUAGCAAAUUUUUGUAAUUCUUUUCCAAUUUUAGAAGUAAAUUAUGAUAUAGAUUUAGAAAAAAAAUAUAAAAUUAACGAUAUUGCUGAAUUAAAUAUAAAUAUAUAUCGAGAUAUUUCAGAUGAUGAACCAGUUGGUUAUGUUCACUCUAGUUAUUUACCUUUUGAAAAAGAAGAAUCAUGGUGGUUUGUUAUAGGAAUUAAAAAACUUAAUUUGUUAUUGUCUAUUAAAAAAACCUCUUUAUUAAAACAAGCGAAUAGUGUAAAAAUAAAUUUCGAGCUUCCAGAUAAGCCCGGAACUUAUGAUAUAGUCAUGUAUUUGGUUAGCGAUUCAUAUAUAGGAUGUGACCAGGAAUAUGAGUUUGCGAUGGUUGUUAACGAGUAG